AUGUCGUCACUACGAGCACUAUCCCUCCAGAAUGCAGUCGCUAAACUGUGUUUCCGCCAUAAUCACAGAACAGUAAUCGGCACACGCUCUGUGGUAACCCUCACAAAGCAAAACAGUCUUCCGGCUGCGUAUUACCGCGGAGGGACUUCACGUGCCAUCUUUUUCCACGACAAAGAUCUACCCGCCGACCGUUCCAAGUGGGAUUCCAUCUUCCUAGGAAGCAUUGGAAGCCCGGAUCCGUACGGACGCCAACUCGAUGGCAUGGGCGGUGGCAUUUCCAGCCUUUCCAAAGUCUGCAUUGUCGGGAAGAGUGAUCGCUCGGAUGCCGACGUCGACUAUAAGUUUGUUUCUCUCGGGAUUAAAGACGAGAAUGUAGACGUCUCCAGCAACUGUGGCAACAUGUCCGCAGCCGUCGGGCCAUAUGCCAUCGACACUGGCUUGGUAUCUGCACCGCGAGGCGCCGAGACCGCUACUGUCCGCAUACACAGCACAAAUACGGGCAAAAUUAUUGAAGCUGGCUUUCCCGUAGUGGAUGGCGAAGCAAUGGUUUAUGGCGGCUUUGCGAUGGACGGUGUUGCUGGGACUGCCGCAAAGGUUGAGCUCAAGUUUUUAGACCCUGCGGGUUCAAAGACCGGAAAGCUGUUCCCCACGGAUGCUGUGACGGAAGAAAUCGACGGUGUUCGCACAACAUGCAUUGAUGCAGGGAACCCUUGCUGCUUUCUACCAGCGGCAGAUCUCGGCAUUGAUGGCACCAUUAGUCCUCAGCAUAUUGAAGAUCACCCAACCUUGGGCGCUAAGCUGGAAGCCAUCCGUCGCAAAGCCGCAGUCAAGAUGGGAAUCGCAAAGACGGAGAGCGCUGUACCCGGCAGUGUUCCCAAGAUCGCAAUUGUGUCCACACCUAGAGACGCAAGCAAAAACAAUCUCGUCAUUCGCGCCAUGUCUGUCGGGCAACCUCACAAAGCGAUCCCCGUUACCGUCGCCUUGGCUGCGGCAUCAGCGGCAAAUGUUAGUGGAACUGUCGUUGCUGGCUGUCUCGCCGGGGGCUCUCUUGUCGGUCCAGAGGUCACAGUCAACCAUGCUAGUGGGAGUCUCGUUGUAGCCGCCGACUUUGAUGCCACCGGAACGCUGCGGUCGGCGACGGUAUUCCGAACAGCGAGAAGACUGAUGGAGGGAAGGGUGUUUUGGAAGUAG